AUGGAUGCACUGAAACUUCUCUCCCGAUCAACCGGGCUGAAAGCAACAGCAUCAAAAUCCGUGUCCAGCCAAAAUCCGUCAGCCGAGUCCAAGCCCCAGGACAACGGCAUAAACGGCAACACCAGAAAACGAAAACGAGAGUCAGAUGCCGUAGCUGACGUCGACCAAGCUCAUGCGAAGCGACUACUCUCCGAGCAGGAAAUUCGACAGAUACAGAAAAAGCAAAGUAUCAAGAUUGUCGACUUGGGUGUCUUCCGGGCCGCCGCUGACCCGUUAGCGUCCAAAAAGUCACUGAAGGAGAGCUCGAGAAUUUUUCCACAACCACUUACCAACUUUUCGCAACUACGUCGCCACCAUAACAUCAAUGCUUCACUGGCUCGCAAUGUGUCUGACCAAGGAUAUCAUGAACCGAGUGAGGUUCAGGUCGCGACACUGCCCCUCCUCCUUGAGGGAACACGAGGCCCGGGGGAAACUGAACCAAACCUCUUGACCGUAGCCCCGACGGGCAGUGGAAAGACAUUGGCGUUCUUGAUACCACUGAUUGAAAAGAUUGCCAAAUAUCACCAGACCAAAGACGAUAGCCUCGGGAAGCAUGUCAGCGCCCUGAUUCUGGUGCCCACCAAAGAGCUAGUGUCACAAAUUGUAAACGAGGGUCGGAAACUCACAGUCAGCACCGGUGUCACAAUUACGGCGAUGAAAAAAGGAAUGAGGCUAUAUGACGGACACAACGGGGCAAGCGAUACUUCAUCCGACUCGGACAACAACAGUGAAGACGAGCGUGGAAGCACAACCCCAGGAAAACGAGUGCCUAUAGUCAAGUCUGAUGUCCUGGUCACUACACCUUUAAGCCUUGUUCAUGUACUUUGCCCAUCCUGGGGAGAAGACGAAUCGAUACCUCCUCAUCCGCUCCCCCAGCUCGAGACACUCAUCUUUGACGAGGCAGAUGUUCUUCUCGAUCCGCUCUUCCGUGCUCAGACUCUUGCAAUUUGGUCGGCAUGCACAUCAUCUACACUUCGAAUUAGUAUGUGGUCUGCCACAAUUGGCUCGAAUAUUGAGGAGCUUGCCGUGCAGACAAUUCUGUCGCGCCAAAAGAAGCUUAAGAUUAAGAAAAGCGAGCAACCCCCUCUGAUAAGAACAAUUAUAGGUCUUAAGGAUAUCAGCCUGCCAACGAUCUCUCACAAACUUACCUACACCGCAACAGAAUCGGGGAAACUCUUAGGAAUGCGACAGCUACUCCAUCCAUCACGCUCAACCCCCUCCUCGAAGUCCGACAAAAAUAAAGGUGAACCACUGCGGCCGCCUUUUCUGGUCUUUACCCAAACAAUCGCCCGGGCACAGUCCUUGUAUACAGAACUACAAUACGAUAUUCCUUCAGAAGCUGGUGGCUCCGCACGUAUCGCCGUUCUCCAUUCCUCGCUUCCGGCGCACACCCGUUCGUCAAUCAUGCAAAUGUUUCGACUUGGGAAGAUAUGGAUACUGAUCACGACAGAUCUCAUUUCGCGAGGUAUUGAUUUCCGAGGAGUCAACGCGGUGAUAAACUACGACAUACCGACGACUGUAGCAGGAUACGUGCAUCGUGCCGGAAGAACUGGAAGAGCAGGAAGAGAGGGAGGCGUGUGUGUGAGUUUUUACACAAAGGAGGACAUUCAAUAUGUCAAGGGCAUCGCAAAUGUUAUUGCCGCAAGUCAGAAGACACAGUCAAAACUUAAAGAUGUGGCGGCAGAGACCGACUUGGAUAAUUCAUCGUCAGGACGACCUGUGGUGGAGAAUGGCAUCCAACCUUGGUUGUUGCAUGCUCUUCCAGAUGUGUCCAAGUCCGCACGGAAAGAUCUCAAAUUCCACGGAGUAGAGUCACGUCGAGCGAUACAUGCAGACGAUGACGAGAAGACCAAGAGGAUGAAACGCAAGGCAAGGAUUGGAACGCAAAGUGGGUUUGAGAGACGAGAGGUCAAUCGAAAGCGUGGUGCUAUCGAGCAAAACCUGCGAACGCAACGGGAGGAGCAACCGACAGAAAAUGAUGAGCACUGGGAGGGAUUCGGCUGA